AACUGGUAAUGAUAAAGAGAUAAGACUAGGAAAACUGGUAGGAUCUUUUUCGGUGAUCUUUAUGUUUGUAUGCGCUUACUUAGUUAUUUUUCUUUGGGCUCCUGCUAUCCCACUUUUAUUUAUCUGGCCUUCUUUAUUUCGAAAACAUCGCGAUGUCACCGGGGCUUCCUGGUUGUAUAUGUGUGCGGCGGUCCUUGAAAUUUUGGCCGGAGUAAAAUAUGUUUUUUCCGGGGAUUAUGUCCCUUCAAUGGAAAAAGCGUUAAUUAUGUCAAAUCACAGAAAUCGUUUGGACUGGUUAUUUAUGUGGCCGUGGUUCGCUCGUUACGGAAGAUUAACGAAUGAAAAAAUUGUUUUAAAGGAACCAGUCAAAUGGAUUCCUGGGCCGGGUUGGGCCACGCAAUUGCUUUGCUUUUUAUUUUUAAAAAGAGAUUGGAAUGAAGAUGUGAGUCAUCUUAAAAAGUGGUUGAAUCAUUUUAUCUCGUUGGAUUACCCUCUACUGCUGCAUAUAUUCCCUGAAGGGACUAACUUUUCAGCCAGUAGCAUGUCAAAGUCUCACGCUUAUUCCAGUGUAAAACGCCUUAAUAAGUACGACUACGUGCUGCAUCCACGAGUGAAGGGAUUUAGAUUUAUAGUUCAGUGGUGUCGCACUUAUUUGGAUUCUAUUUAUGAUGUGACUAUUGGCUAUCCGGCCGGCCUUCCGGAAUCGGAGCUUGAUUUGCUGAGAGGGCGUUACCCCAGAGAAGUGCACGUGCAUGUUAAGAGAUUCCUUAUGCAAGAGCUCCCUUCUGAUGAAGAGAGUUUGGAAAACUGGUGUAAAAGUCGAUGGGAAAUUAAAGAAAAUAUGCUGCGUGAAUUUUAUAAAGAAGCCAAAAUUGCGGAGUCAGCUGGAAAAGAACUUCCCACUUUUGAAAACAAGCACGUGGACACCAGCAGCACUUUUUUAAUGAAGUUUUGCUUAUUUUUCUGGUUGGUGUUGGCUGCGUUGUUUUCUGCUCUUCUGUACUACAGUCGUGGAGUUCGGUGGUUUUUUUUGGCUGCCAAUAUUGUCUUUGCAAUUCUUUCGAUGGUGCGGAUUGGAUUCGACAAUUUAGAAAUCGGCAGCUACACAAAUCCAGAGGGAGUGUAAAGGCAGAAUUAAUUAAUUAAAAAAAAGAAUU